UAACAAAAAAUUCUUAACAUAAGGGUCGCUAGAAGGUUAUUUUAUUAUGAAUCAAGUGCCUAUUAUAGCUGGUCAUAAUGAAGGAACAAAUGUUGUACCUGACAGAAAUUGGAGGAGUACUUUAACGGCAUCAGAGAAACAUGCAAUUAUAUUUCAUCUGGUUUCAGCACUGCGGGCGGUAUCAUCUAAUGUUUCACAGGAGCAUUUGAUUGCUAUUGUAAAUGCUUUUGAAAAACAAGCAUAUGAAAAAGCCAACAGCAAAACGGAAUAUAUUAAUAUUUGUAAUAAUAAAUUGAUGUAUAUUAAAGGAAGCGCUGCAGCAAAACAACAUUUAUCACAAGCACAGAAUCAGCGGCCAACAAUGUCGUUUUUUCCUCAGAUUCCAUGUCAACAGAUUGUUUCAGGACAGAUGAAAGCGUUUGAAAUGCCAGGGACAUCUAAUUUAGUAUCUCCAUCUUUUACACAUUCACCUCGAAUGUCUCGACAGCCUAUGAGUUCACACUCCCAAUUUCAACAAGUUUCACCACUUUUAAACCAGCAGAUGACUCUUCAGCAGAAACAAAUGUUAAUGAGACAAGCUUCUGUGAAUCAGCAUCUUUCAGAUCAGAAUUUAAUGCCAGGUUUAAACCAUUCUGUGAAUCAGCAGAGCCAUAUUUCGAAUUCUGCUUCUGAUCCAUUGAAACGUUCACCAUAUUCUGUUCCUCAACAAAAGGCAUCGCAAAUUCAACAAAUGUUAAAUCAAUUACAGACACAAAAUAAUCAGCAGCAAAUUCCGAAAUAUAUGUCUCACCAAGCAUGUGUUUCUCAAGGGCUAGAUGAGAGGCAUCAGACACUUAAUCAACAGAAGAUUCAUAUGUCUCCACAAACAGAUAUUUAUCAGCAAUGUGUUGAUAAUCCUUUACUUAAUUCUUCCAAUGUAAAUUUGCAAAAACUUUUAGCACUGAAUCAGGCUAUUCAAUCUCAAAACAAACAAAUUAAUCAACCUAUUUCUCAAAAUAAACAGUUGCUUUCUAAUCAAACAUUACAAAAUUUUUUGUCACAGGUGCAGGCACCUGUGCAGCAAGUAGUUAAUCAACAGGCGCAAAAAAUGCCUAGCCAGGUCAUAGGAUCCUUUAUGCCUUCUCCGGAAUUUAAAAAGAAAAUGGAUCCUUAUUUGAACCCUUGUAAUUAUCUUAUUCCACAACGUAUUUUGUCUCAGUUUCCGGAAUUACCUACUAAUGUUUAUACAUGGAGCCAAGUUGCAGAACUUAUAAGAAAUCAAAGACUAAGUCCCGAACAAGUAGCUCGUGUUCAUGAACUUUUUUAUCAGCAUGCAUUAUAUCUCCAAUUGCAUUAUCAACAAAUUCAACAUAUGUCUAAUCAAUCUGUUAACCAAUUUCGACCUCAGCCUCAACUUCAGCCUACAUCUCAGCAUCAUUCUGUAAAUCUAAGUCCGCAGAUUCAGCAACAAAUGCGGAAGAUUCCAGUGCACCAAAUGCAACAAAUAUCAAAAGGGAAUGUUUCUUCUGAAUUUUUACAGCCUGAAUGGUUUUCUGAGGCUUCAAAUUUUCCUACACAAUACCCGUGCUCUUUUUCUCCUAAUGUUAAUGUUUCUUUAAAUAAUCAAACUUCUCAACAAUUGCAGUCUCAGUCAAUUGAUCAGUUAUUAACUAUGGUUCAAUGUGAUAAUACUUCAGGAUUAAAAAAGAAAGCAAGGGCUUCUGUAAAAGUUAAAAAGAAAGACGAUAUUAGGCCUGUUAAUGAUCAAUCACCUGUGUCACGAACAUCUAAUAUGGCUUCAGUAUCUACUCAUAAUCAGCAACCCGCUCAGAUUCGACAAGAUUCUCCCAAAAAUCAACCUGAUAUUUCUAUUGUUCAAAGGAUUUUAAUGUGUGGUGGUAAAGAGGCAAAUAUACAAAUGACUACUCGUCUUAGACAAAUUCAAAAUGAAGUGGAAAGAAAUGGUGUUAAGUGUAUUCCAUUAAACGAUCUUACUCAGAUUCAAAAACAACAAGUUUGUGAAUUGAUUGCAGAAAUGAGUCAAAUGUAUCAUCGAAUUGAUAUGCUUUUGCCUUUAUUUAUGAUUCUAAGUUGGAAUGAAUCUGCUAUUAUGCAAUUGCUGCAAAUGAAAUUAAUUUAUAAGAAUCAGCUUGAUGUUUUGCCUCAAGGAAUUUAUUUAUGUUAUCCCUCUCAGCUUAUUAAAAUCAAAAAAAUGAUUUCUGAAUAUUUUAAAUUUGUAAAAAUUAGUGUUCAAGCAAUUCAGAAACAAAUUGAAAAUGGGAAAUCCUUGCCAGAUAAAAUACCGAUAAAUCUUUCUGAAAUAGAUCCGAAUAUUUCUAGUUUUCAACCCUUUUUGGUCGACUUUUCUUCUUUAGAGGCAUCUAAUGAAGCUUCGUUAUUAAAACCAUUAAAAACUGAUAUAAAAAUUAAUGCAAAAGUUGAUAAUCCAGAAGAAGUUUUGAUAAAUGAGAAUAGGUUUGGCGUUGCUAAUAAUUCUGAUGGAAUUGACGUACAAAAUCGAGAAAAUAGUAUUUCCAAUUCUUUUGAUAAGGCUGAUUCUCAAACUUUUGAGUUACCUAAAGAUUCUUUUGAUUCUCAAGAAAAUAAUAAAAUUAUAGAAGAUCCAUUGGAUUACCCCGUUUUGAAUGUAACAAAUGUUUUAGAGACAGAUGACGUUAAUAUGAUUUUCUCAAUGGAUAAGUCAUCACUUCUUAAUGAGGAAAAAAAUAUGGAUGUUUUAUCUAAUAAAUUUGGAUCAGAAAUUAUUUCUAGUCUUGUAACAAAAAUUCCUCAAUCUCUUACGAAUAUUCCCUCGAAUCAAUUUUCAGGAAAAGUGCAAAAUGAUUCUAAUAAUAAUAAUUCUGCUAUUGAAAAUGAUAAAUCAUCUUCUGAUUUAACUAUGAAUUUUCUCGAAAAUGAAAAAUUAUUUUCCCCAGAAACAUCUUUUCCAUUAGUUACUUCAGAUGUUUUGGAUACUGAAAAAACAUUGAAUGAUUCAGAUUUUGAACAAUAUCUUAAUUCGACUUUUAGUGAUAAAUUUUAUGAAAAUAAUACAUCAAAUUUUGAUAAAUUGCAAGAAAAAAAUGUUGAGUCUUUAUUCUUUAUUGAUGAAACAAAUGUGGGAAAUGGUCUUAGUGAAGAGUUGGAAUGGGAUUUUGGGGUAUCUGAUAUCGGUUCUUUUAAAAUAAAAGAUUUUUAUGCGUCAAAUAAUGAGAAUAUAUGGAAUGAAGAGCUAAAGACCGAAGAUUUAUCUACUAUUGGCUUAGGAAUUAUAGCUAAUGUUUAUUAGUUAUGUCUAUUAUCAACAUUUAUAAUUGAAUAUGCAAACGUUUGC